AUGGGUCCCUUCCCACUAUCUAGUGGAAACCAAUACAUCCUUGUGGCUGUUGAUUAUGUGAGUAAAUGGGUUGAGGCUGUUGCUCUUCCUUCGAAUGAUUCAAGGGUUGUGAUCAAGUUCAUCAAGAAGCAUAUUUUCACUCGCUUUGGGACUCCAAAGGCAAUCAUAAGUGAUGGAGAAAAUGGUGAAUGCACAGAGGAAGGAUUGGUUAAAUUUGGCCCCGAGCUAGCCGGUAGGAAAAGAGUGAAUCAACUACAUGAACUUGAGGAGUUUAGGCUCCAUGCGUAUGAAAAUGCCAAGCUCUACAAAGAAAAGAUGAAAAGGUGGCUUGACAAGCACAUAGUUCAUCGCACAUUCACUCUGGGAGAAAAGGUACUACUCUUUAACUCUAGAUUAAGGUUAUUCCCCGGAAAACUAAGGUCUAAAUUGAGUGGUCCUUUCGAAGUUGUAAGAAUGACACAACAUGGGGCUGUUGAACUUAAAGGUGAAACUGUCCCUACGUUCUUGGUAAAUGGGCAAAGAGGAAACCCUACUUUGGAGAAGAUUCGGAUCGUGAUCAGGAGGCUCUUGAGCUAA